AAUCGGUUUGUUGAGUCUACAUGUAAAUAAUUGUUACAUGCUCAUUGUGCAGUUGUUUUCGGAUUGAAAUAAUGAGGGUUUGAAGUAUUCUUCAGUAGAGCGCGAUGGAUGUCGACUCGUUUAUGGAGACAGGACUCUUGUCCAGUGAUGAAGAAUCAAGCAGACCGAGGAAGAAGGUGGUAAAAAAGAAGCAACAAAGUCCUAAAGCCAGUCUUAAAGCUAGCCCCAAGGUCACUGCUAGUUCCAAGGUCACUGCUAGUCCCAAGGUUACUGCUAGCCCCAAGGCCACUGCUAGCCCCAAGCAAAAGAAGAAAGAAGGGUGCCAGCCGCAGCAGCAGGGAAAGAAGCCAGCAGUGAAAAUCGCACAAUUUGAGGAUUCCAGUGAUGAUGAAGAGUUUGCGCAAGCGCUUGCUAUGUACAAGGAUGGUGAGGAUGUUGACAGUGAAGAUGAUGGUGAUGUAGACAUGGAGGAUGAGGAUGAGGAUGGCGAAGGAUUGGAUUUGGAAGAUGAUAGUGGUGAUGAGGACGAUGACGGCGAUGGAGAAGAGGGUAUGGAUGACGGUGCUGAUGACGAUGAUGAUGAAGGAGAAGAGGACAUGGAGGAUGGCGGUGCCAAGCCCCAAGGCAGGGUCGUGUCUCAAGGCAUGGUGAAGGGAUGGGUUGCUCUACUGCAGAAACACUCGUUGCGUGGCUUGCGGCAAGUAGCUGAUGCGCUUGGUGCUGCAAUACACCGCACGGCCGAGGUGAAAAGCGCCGAGAAGUACCACUACUUUGUGGAAAGUCCUCAAGUGUUCAAUGCUUUGGUCCGUUGCUGCUUACGACAUGUGCACUUGGUUGUGCAGCACCAUAUUCCCCUUCCUGAAGAUGACGUAGCAGGAGGCGCUGAGCGGAAAUCGUCGAAAAAAAAAUCAUCCCCGACUUCUCAUGCCAAUUGGCCAAAAUUGAGGAAAGUUGUCAAGUCGUACAUCUCCACUCUUUUGCUGAUGUUGCAGCAUCUUCAUCAGCCAACACUGACAUGUGCUGUCUUGCGGCAAGUUCAGCACUUGCUCGUCUACAUCUCCUGCUUUCCGCGCUUGCUGCGGCUGAUGACAAAGCGCUUGACUAUUCUCUGGAGCGGCGGUGAUGAGUAUGUGCGUGUGCUGGCAUUUCUCUCGCUGAGACGUUUGCUGAUGGCAAAUAACAAUGUCACCUACCGUGAAAAUUGUUUCAAACAAAUGUACCUGUCGUUUGCUCGUAACUCGGCUUUCACCAGUAUCUCCUCUUUACCAGGCAUUCAGUUCAUGGAGAACAGUUUAGCAGAGAUAUAUGCCAUUGAUCUGCCGCUCACUUACCAACAUGGUUUCGUCUAUAUCCGCCAGCUUGCAGUUCAACUCCGUAAAGCGAUGACAGAGAAGACUAAAGCUAACAUUCAGACGGUUUAUAACUGGCAGUUUGUACACAGUGUGUGCUUGUGGUGCCGUGUUCUUGGUGACUGCUUCACGUCCACUUUGGAGCCCCUGGUCUUCCCACUGGUGCAAGUGGUACUCGGCACAAUACAGCUGUUGCCGACUGCUCGCUACUUUCCCCUGCGCUUUCAUUGUAUCCGAGCCUUGAUCCGAAUGUCAGCGAAAACUGACGUCUACGUGCCAGUGUCCAGUCACUUGCUAGAGGUGCUGGACUCGUCAUCGGUACGCAGCCGAACCAAGGGUUCCCUUGCCAAGUCACCAAACUUUGCCAUCAUUCUCAAAGUCAGCAAGUCGGUGCUGCAGACCCGUGCUUUCCAGGAUGGUGUGAUUGACAAUGUCUUUGAUCUGCUUCUCGAUCAUUUGUCUUCCUACUCACAUCAUAUUGCAUUUCCGGAGUUAGUUCUGCCUGUGCUUCUAAAGGUCAAGCAAUUCUGCAAGAAAACUAAAGUUCCCAAGUUCCAACAGCAAAUACAACAACUGGUGACAAAGGUUGAGGAGACGUCAACCGCUAUCAUUGCAGCUCGCUCCAUGGUGUCUUUCUCACCGAAAGACGCAGAAGAAGUGGCCAAGUGGAUGUCACAAAGACGACAGGAAAGCUCGGCAUUGCAGAAGUUCUACAAAUCGUGGAAAGAAGUGAAAUCUCGUCAAGCAUAGCUUGCAAGAUUGCAGCUCGCAGAAAUGCAUAAGCCUAUCUGACAUUUGUACAUAUUGCAUAUAGCUAUUGUUGUUGUUUUCACCUUGUUUGUCAUCGGCUAGUGUCUUGUGUUGUUAAGUUGUACAUUCAGUUAAUGCAUUUACUACAUUGUGAUUCAUGAUUGCCAUGGUAACUAGUACUACCAUAAAAUCCCACCAGAGCACCCCGUCUCUCCCAUCCGCCCCUCCCUGACUUCUUGUCAGGGAAGUGAUUGAUUGUCUCGUAUGACUCUGUGAUGCCGUACUGUA